AACAGCAAGACUGGAUAACAGCUUCUUCCCUCAGGCUGUGAGACUAAUGAAUACUCUGCCACCACCGAGGUCUCACCACGAGAACAGUGGGAUUUACUUGCAGGGUUACACAGUGAGCGAGCAGGGUCUUGGGUCCAAACGCACCAUAAUCGAAGCCAAGCCACCUUCUGAAGAGUUUAAAACUUUCUAUCUGUGUGCAGAUAACUCGGCUGACAACCAGCGCUGGAUCAUGGCGUUAAGAGCAUCUAUCAGCAAGUGGCUGCCCUUGCACCAGGCCAUCCAUGACUUUAUGAGCAAUCCUCCAGAGGAGACACGGAUGUGAAGAGGAAUCCCAAUCCUUCCCCAAUGAAGAUGAAUGAAGUCAACAGAGACCUGAUCAACAGAAAACUUCAAAAUUAAGAUCGACAUCUGUCAAACAAGGGUGUUAAGGAUAAUGGACCUAAGGCUGGUAGAAAGAAUUAAACAGAUUAAGCAUGAUCUAAUGGAAUAGCAAGACAGGUUCAAUCAGCUAAAUGACCAAGAUAGAACUGAUUAUGCUGAUAAUCGUGCUUGUGAGUUUGCAUCAAUGUUAAUUGAGUACACAAAACUAGCAGUGUAGUCUAGACAAAUCUCACCCAUUGAGAACUACAGUUGAUCUGUGUAAUUCCUCUUUUGUAUCUGUGGUGUGGAGCAAACAGGAGACAAAAGAUUAAAUAAUUAAUCAUACUGGCAUACUGUGACCAUUUCUCCACUCACAGAUGAUUUAUUUAUUUACAGUACUGUGCAAAAGUCUUAGGCACAUAUAUAUAGCGAGGGUGCCUAGGAUUAUUACACUGUACUGCAGUAAUUUUAUGUAUUGCACUGUACUGCUGCAGCAAAAAAAAAACAAAUUUCAUGACAUAUGAGAGUGGUGAUAAACCUGAUUCUGAUAUGGGUCUCGA